GCGUGUGGGCCCUCACGUGUUCCUUGUCUUGUCUUACCAGACACGCACCCAUAGGCGGCCAGACCUUCAAUAAAAGCUCGCAACGCAACAACCUUAGCUCUCCCAGAACCGAAGAUCACACAAUUCAGCUCUGCAUCAUCGACAUCGUCUCUCCUCUGCUUUCCUUUUAACGACGACGUUUUACAGAAGAAAUUUUUUGGCUAUGGCGACAUCGACAAUGGAGAAUAAUGGUUCCGAUUUGGGUGAUAAGGGAAUGACCCUUGAUACGGUGAGAGACUCGUUGAUUAGACAAGAAGAUACUAUCAUAUUUAGUUUGAUUGAAAGAGCGAAGUUUCCAAUGAAUUCCCCUACUUACCAAGAGUCCAAGCCCUGCGUUGGAUUUUGUGGUUCUUUGAUUCGUUUCUUUGUCAAUGAAGCCGAAUCCCUCCAGGCUAAGGCGGGUAGGUAUCAAAAUCCUGAAGAGCAUGCCUUCUUUCCUGAUCAUUUACCACCUUCAUUGGCGCCAACGCAUUCGUUUCCACAGGUAUUGCAUCCUGCAGCGGCUUCAACCAAUGUGAACAACAAAAUUUGGGAUAUAUAUUUCAAGCAAUUGCUUCCUUUGUUUACUGUACCGGGUGAUGACGGAAACUAUGCAUCAACUGCCUCUAGUGACCUCAAUUGCUUACAGGCUAUCUCUAGAAGGAUUCAUUACGGAAAUUUUGUGGCUGAGGUGAAAUUCAGGGAUGCCCCACAUGAAUAUGAACCAGCAAUUCGUUCUCAGGAUAGGGACGCUCUGAUGAAGUUGUUGACAUUUGAAGCUGUAGAAGAGGUGGUGAAGAAGAGGGUUGAGAAGAAGGCAAUGAUAUUUGGGCAGGAAGUAAGCCUUAACACUACCAGCACUGAAAGCAAGGAAAAGUACAAGAUUGAUCCAGCAUUGGUUUCUCGUCUAUAUGAUGAAUGGAUAAUGCCUCUCACUAAAUUUGUUCAAGUUGAGUACCUUCUCCGUCGCCUUGAUUAGAAGUUUACUACCUAUUCUUAAACUUCGUUUAGUCAAGUUGACCACAUUAUUGAUUUCUCGUGUUGUUGUGAGGAUAUAUAUAUAUUUAUCACCAAAUUGUAUUUUUCUAGUUAAUCUUCAGGAAGGAUUCUAUUAUGGGGAUCUAUUUUCUUCACCAAAAAUAAAAAUUAAAGUCAAUUGAGAAGCUCUA